CUCCACACUUCAAAUCUUUCCCCGAGAAAUAUACGUUACAGACUUUAUUGCGAUAAACAUUUAGGAGUUUCGCGAGUCGCAAGACUUUGUAGCGAGGCUUUGGGUAUGCAGGCAAGGAUAGGGUGUUAGUUUAGUGCUUGUGCUGCCCCUGCCAAGCGCAUAUAGGAAAGAAAAGAAGACGAGGGAAAAAAGAAAGAGAGAAAAACUCCGCAUAGCAGUUUUGGAGUCUUAAAAAAAGCCAAGAGUCCCCGCGACGAGCAUCUGCGCGCGAGCGAGAGGGAAGAAAAGUUUCGGCCGCUGGAGGGAAGCCACCUUCGGACCAGCAUCCCGUCUUGAUGAGGUACUGAGGAAUGCGCAGUCGUCAUGGAAACCCAGUCCCAGACCAGUUCUGCAGCGGAGAAGAAGAAGAGGGUGGAGACCAUCAUAGCCACCAAGAGCUCGUCCACCCGUACAGACAUCAGUGAGAAGGCUGUGGCCUCAAGCACUACCUCCAAUGAGGAUGACAGUUCAGGUUCCCCAUAUCAUCGCGAGAGACGAAACGCUAUCAGCAGUCAGACCUCAGUUUUGGGAACAUCGGCAGGGAAACUGAGCGAGGAACCGUCCACCUCUACAGAAGAACGCCCCUCGCUGGUCAAGAAAGAACUUCACAGCUCUCUGCCCCACCUGGCGGACCACACCCUUCCCUACCGGGGGACUCUAUUUACCAUGGACCCUCGCAACGGUUACCUGGAACCCCAUUACACUCCACCUCAGUUCUUCCCUGCUUUUCAUCAUCCGGUACCAAUCGACGACAGACACACACAAGGCCGGUACAUUUAUGAACCCUCACCGGUACCUCAACUACACGUGCCUCAUGCACUGGCAGCCAGCCCAGCGUUUUCUGAUAUCUCCCUCAUCCGGAUCUCGCCGCACCGGAACCCUUCAGUGGGGGCGGAGUCGCCCUUUAACCCCCCACAUUCGUACAAACCCUACAUGGACUACAUCCGAUCGCUGCACAGUAGUCCCUCUCUCUCUAUGAUAUCUGCAGCUAGAGGCCUCAGUCCUGCAGAUGCGCCCCACACAGGUUUAACCACAGCGGAGUACUACCACCAGAUGGCACUGCUUGCGGGUCAUCGCAGUCCCUACGCUGACCUCAUACCCUCAGUGGCAUCAACAACAGGGCCUGGAAGCAACGCUCUGCACAUGGAGUACCUGCAGGCUAUGGAAAGUUCUCGAUUUCCCAGUCCAAGGCUCGCAGCUCGGCCCAGCAGAAAACGCCCCCUGACCAGCUCCCCUUCUCUGUCCGACCCCAAUUUUGACCUACAGGCCAUGAUACGCACUUCGCCCACCUCCCUGGUCACUAUACUUAACAAUUCCCGCUCCAGCUCGUCCACCGGUGGAUCAUACGGGCAUCUCUCAGCCGGCACCAUCAGCCCUGCGCUAAGUUUUGCGUAUCCUCCAAACCCUGUGGCACUACAGAUGCAUCAGCAGCUGAUCAGUCGGCAACCGGGCAUUGUGGGUUCUGCGUUUGGUCACAGUCCGCCCCUCGUGCAUCCAGCUCCUGCCUUUGCCACCCAGAGACCCGUCCCUGGUAUUCCCCCCUCCAGCCUGGCACCUACGGAGCGUUCCACGGCCUCAAUCGACUUACAGAGCAAACCCACCAGCGAGUCAGCCGUGAGCAGCACAGGGGACCCCAUGCACCACAAACGCUCCAAACUCAAACCAGACGAAGUGCCGCCCAGCCCCGGAGCCGUCAGCAUGCAGGAGCAAACGGAUGGAAUGACUCUGGUGAAAGAGGAAGGAGAUAAAGAGGACGGCAAGCAGGAGCCGGAGGUGGUGUACGAGACCAACUGCCACUGGGAGGGUUGCUGCAGGGAGUUUGACACCCAGGAACAGCUCGUACAUCAUAUAAAUAAUGACCACAUCCACGGAGAAAAGAAGGAGUUUGUGUGUCGCUGGGAAGAAUGUUCGAGAGAGCAGAAACCCUUUAAAGCUCAGUACAUGCUGGUGGUGCACAUGCGCAGACAUACAGGAGAGAAGCCACACAAAUGCACGUUUGAAGGCUGUUCAAAGGCUUAUUCCAGACUGGAGAACCUUAAGACACACUUGCGCUCGCACACAGGAGAGAAGCCCUAUGUCUGCGAACAUGAAGGCUGCAACAAAGCCUUUUCCAACGCGUCAGACCGAGCCAAACACCAGAACCGCACACACUCCAAUGAGAAACCCUAUGUGUGUAAAAUCCCCGGUUGCACUAAGCGAUACACUGACCCCAGCUCUUUACGGAAACACGUUAAGACUGUCCACGGUCCUGAAGCCCAUGUCACCAAGAAACAACGGGGGGAUACUUACCCACGACCCCCGACACAGCCCCGAGAACCUGGAGGUAACGGACAAGGCCGGUCGCCAGGGCAACUUCCCCUCGGAGCUAUAACUGACCAAAGGGACUAUAACCACGCUACCUCGAAACAAGACGAAUGUCUACAAGUCAAGUCUAUCAAGACAGAGAAGCCUAUGACGUCUCAGCCAAGCCCUGGCAGUCAGUCUUCAUGCGGCAGUGACCAGUCCCCAAUCGGCCCCCAUCUCAGCCGUGGAGUCCAGUUUGCUCUGAGGAGCUUUGGGCUCGCAGGGGAGGUGGCGGUACUCGAGGACCUGGAAAAUGAAAACGAGGAGAAUGAGGAAGGAGAGGAUGCCCCCAUCAUGGACUCAACAGUAUCCACUGCAACGGCCAUGGCGGCAACACUAGCUCUUCAGGCUCGCCGAAAUGUGGGACGACCCCUGCGCUGGAUGGAGCAUGUUAAGAUGGAGAGGUUAAGGCAUGUUAACGGAGCUGUGCCUAGGCUAGGACAUCUGUCCCCUACACCACCCCCCAAAGGCCAGACCCUGCCUGCCCUCACGGGAAAAGGUAUAUGCCUUGGUAGGAGUAGUGCCGUGGGGGCACCAGCACCCCAGCCACCUCUGCGCCUUGAGCUGUCCAACACGGAGCUGACCAUGCUGAAUCUGCUUAAUGAGCGCCGGGACAGCAGCGGCAGCACCAACAGCUCCGCUUACCUUAGCAGCAGUCGUCGCUCUUCCGGCAUCUCCCCCUGCUUUUCCAGCCGCCGCUCUAGCCAGGCCUCGCAAUCCGAGCACAGUCACCAUCGACGUCACCACAAUCUCAGCGCAACUGACUCUUAUGACCCCAUUUCCACCGAUGCCUCCAGACGCUCAAGUGAAGCAAGCCAGUGCGGAGGAGGUGGAAGUUCAUUAAUGCAUGGUGGAAACUGGAGUGGUGGAGGUAUAGGAGGAAAUGCGAUUGGAACGAAAGGUAUUCUUAGCCUUACCCCAGCUCAGCACUAUCACCUGAAGGCUAAGUAUGCAGCUGCUACAGGUGGACCUCCUCCCACACCUCUACCAAACAUGGAACAAAUGAGCCUGAAGUCCCGUCUGGCUAUGAUGGGAGAUUGCCAGGACUCGGGUCUGCUCACGUUGCCACCGCUAGUCAGGCCACGUCGCUGCAGUGAGGGCACACACGGGAGUCCCACGGUAUUUCAACGAAGAGGACUUUACCCUGGUGAAGGUCCAGGAAAUAGUGAUAGACGAGCCAGUGACCCAGUACGGAAACGGGAUCCGAGUUCUUUUGGCUUGCCAGAGGUACAGCGUUUCUGCAGUCUUAACAACAUGAAUUCAUUACCUCAUCUAGCAGGAAAUCAUUACUCAGAUGAAGGAGAUCUAGGACUGAGCCUGCAGAACUACGUGUAUCCAGUUGGCAACUUGCAGAGGAGUCUGCACUCUCCUUGCCAUCCCAGCAUCAUGGAACAAUCAGCACUUGAGGACUUGGCCGGGGACCAGGAUGAUGGUCUGUUAAAUGCAGAUGAAGACAUCUUGCCGGAUGACUUGGUGCAGUAUCUCCGCUCUCAAGAUCAAGAGAUUGCUCACAUUCAGGAGAAUAUUACCAGUGGUUCCAAUCCCCACAGGUCCACUUUUAACCAAGGCACUGCAGUCGGACAGAAUUUUGUCAACGUGCAACAGGAAGUGCCAGAAGGUAUCAGUAAGGAUGUAAUGCCCAUCCAGUGGAAUGAAGUGAGCUCUGGCAGUGCUGAUGUUCCUCCUCCCAGACAGCAACCUCAAAGGUGCGGAAGAUGGUCGGAUCACAGUGGCAUAAUGAACAACCCCUUCGGUCGCUUUGGGAACAUGGUUGUGCAGCAUCAACAACCCCACAUGGAUUUUGUAGAUCAGAACUUGACCCUUCAACGAGGCGGUGUCCAACAUGUGGAAAAUGAGAGCUCUGGAUCCAGACAUCCAGACCAGCAUCAGCAAAUCACCAAGACAACCCAACCGCCAUGCAGGAUGAGUCCAGCUGUUAAGAGUCAAUCUUCCUCAACAUCCCAACCUGAGUCAAGGCACAAUUUUGGUUGUCCAGACUUCUCUCGCAUCUCCUUAGGGCCGAUCCGUCCUAACUGUUUCCAGCAGGCAAGUACGCCCCAAACCCAGCUCCAGCCAAACAACAUCAUCACACAUCCAAUCAGUGUUAACUCUACAAUACUGCCUCAACAGCCCCAGCCUCCUAUGACCCACCCACCAGUCAACAAUGGCCACAGAGGUUUCUCUCGGUCUUACUCCACUCAACAGAUUACAAACAAUCAUAAUCCUCAGUCAUGCCAGCUAAAUAUAGUAAGGAAUGGAAACGGUACCAAUUGCUCCCUUGCAAACCAAGUUUCAGGACUGAAGCUUGAAGCAAACGAUCAUAUUCAAACCAACGCUUGCUCUUCCAUCCAACAACAACACUUGGCAUUUAUUUCCAGGAGCUUUGAAUCCAACUCAUCGUCUUCUCACAACAUUCUGCCAUCAUGUCUAAUGGAGUCAACUGUAACACCUUCCGAGGCUCUUUUGUCUCCAGGGGUUGAUCAGGUGACCAGUACAGUAGAUGCCAGCCCGGGUGUGGAUAUUUGCUCCAUUCUUGAGGAUAGCUAUGAGCAGGGUAGUCUGAUAUCUGAUAUCAUUAGUCCCAGUGUUUUUCAGGGUCUGUCUCGGACGACCUCUCGACUAUCUACCCCACAGCUUUCAGCUGCAUUUUACAGCACGCAUCCAAGCACUAACAACAUGGCUAUCGGGGACAUGAGCUCCCUCCUCACCAGUCUCGCAGAAGAGAGCAAAAUUCUAGCUAUUAUGCAGUAGUUGUUGACUUCCCCUCCGCAAUAAAGUAGAAGGACGAUAUACGUUUUGCAUGUAGUGUAUAGGAAGAGAAAGUAGUUUAAUAGGUUAUGUUGUGUUGGCACACAAUCUAUUUUGAAUCUGCCCAAUCUUCCAAGAGGCACCGACCAAUAAAACCAUAUAUAAAUACAAAUAUAUAUUAUAAAAAUGUAUAUAAAUAGUUAUUCCAUUUCUGGAAAAGAGGCUAUUUUAAAAGCCUUUGUUUUAUAUUGCUAUUGUGAUGACAGCAGGAGACACUUGGUCUUCUUCACAUGAUAUCAAAACAGUAUUCUCUGUAUUGUUUUUUGUUUUGUUGUACACUGUUGCUAAACGUGCAUGUUAUUUUUUCAUGUCAAGUGCACACAUUGUCCACUAAAGUGAGUUUGUUUACUCAUGUAUUGUGUACCUUUGUUUUUAAGAUGAUGUGGAUAUGCACACACUUGAUUGUCAUCGGCUCAAGACGGGGUCAAGCAUCAUUCUUAGCAGGCCCGGGGCCUUAAAGGUCUUAAACAUGAUUUCGAAAGUCUUACCAAAUGUUGUUUUGACCAAUUAUUUCCAAUUUGUGCCAUUGAACCCAAGCAGGAGGGACCAUUAUGAUAUGUAUAAGGGUACGACUAGUGUGGAGCUGAUAACUCCCUAUCUUGAUUUAGCUUGACUUGUAUAUAAAUGUUGAUAUAGUUUUUCUUUUUUUACAUUGUAAAAUUGUCAUAUUCUUCAUGACUGGUGCUGAUCGUAAGCCGUGCGUUAUGUGACAGUUGUGGGGGAAAACAUUGUGGUAAUUCCAGUCAAUCUCAACAUGUUGCUUAUUGCACAUUGAAUUUAAAUUUGUGGCCAAAAUGUGUUGAAAACAUUGGUAACGCGUCUUGUUUAAAUGUAUCUAUUUUUUGUUGUUUUUAUUACAGUCAGUUGUGUGCUGUUUUUGUCACAACAGUGCAGUGAAACUGUAAUGUGGAAUAUCAUUUAUGUCUUGGUUUUGUCUAUUUUUUUUUAUAAAAAAAAACUCUACCUACACAUUUAUGAUUAAAGACUGAAAGACUUAUGAAUACCAAGACACAUCGAGUUCUUACUAGAGCUAUAAGAUUUUUUAGCAGUAUUAAAACUACCCUGCAGUUUCUACCUGCAUAUGUAAAGUUUUUUAAAGGCGUACUCUAGUAAUGAGUUUCUGUUUUUGUAUGCUUAUAUCAGUUGUUUUUUGAAGUUGUGUGCCAGUGUUAUGUUUAUGUUUUAAGGUGGUAUGACCCAUUCCCAGAGGAAAGGACUAGAGGGUUUGGGCCUAAGGUAUGUGCCUUAUGAAUGCCUCUCCAAACAAAAGAAACACUGCCAAUGUUUUUAAGUAAUUACAAUAAUAAAAUGAGUAUGAAUUUGUGGCAGGAGUCCUAUGGCUUAACAUGUAACAUGCAACACACGUUCUGCUGGUUGGGCAUUUUGUUUUUUAUUACAUUUAAUUCUGUUUUAUGCUUGUAAAUACAUAUUCAUUAAGUAGACUGUAGUUAAGAUUUUAGAUGGCGUCAGAAUUAGUAUAAAAAUCAUAUAAAGCAGGAAUCCCAAUGCUCUGUUUUCAGUUCAAACAAAGUGAUAGAAAUGGAGUCAAGGUGCCUAGCACCCUCAGACUGGGUACAGAAUAUCAAUGGUCUUUUUAUAUCAGAUUAAAACAAAUGUUUGUAUGGUUUUAAUAAAAAAAUU